UGCCGUGGAGGAAGGUUGGCGUUCUCAGCUGCGCAUCCUGAUCGUGCUCCUCGGAACAGACUCUUCAGAGCUCGCUCGAGUUUAACUAACUUGUUGACGGACUGGAUAAAGUUUCUCUGGGUUUCAUGCCAAUCCUUUUCCCAACCACGAGCCCGGCGUAAUGAAAUUUGCGCAGCUUUGUUAGGAUUUUUUUGUGAAAAGAAGAAACGGUUGUUGUGGCUGGAAAUAACAAACUGCCUGGCACGGAAUUGGUGAAAGCAUAUUCCUUAUCAUAUAACAUUAUUAUUUUAAUAAACAUUCAGCGUCUGACUUGCAUGUAUUCUGCCAAGAGAGUCCCAUUUAUAGACAGCACAAAUAUACCGGGUGGGAAUAACGACCUAAAUCUAGUAAAGAGUGGUUACUGACUGGCAAGCCCACGUAAAAUUUCCUUCAAAAUAAGCAGCUUAGAAGACGUGUUGACUGCAAGAAGCGCAUCCGUAAACUGCGAGCACAAACAAUGACUAAACAAUCGCUGAGACUGCUGGUGGUGACGUGUGUUGUGGUGAGCUGGGCAGCGGCAACAGAGCUGGCGCGGGUGCGGCAGAAGGGAGGAGUGCACGUGACGUCCUCUACCCUCAAGUGGGUCAUGGGCAUGGGACGACGACUGCCUCCACACUCUGUACCCGUGGUCGAGGAAGACCCCAGCACAGUCUGGUGCAGGGUGAAGCAGCACAGCACUUACACUGCAGGGGCUCUGCACAAAGGCGUGUGCACUGUGCCUUUCAUCAACGCGGUUCAUACUUUCGAUCAAGACUUCGAGGUGCUGGUAUCGCUGAAUGGCUCAUCUCGCGUGCUCCGGAAGCCCUGGGACAAGUACCAAGCACCGCCACCGAAUGCCGUGGCCGCGGAGCACCACUGUCUGCUGGCCCUGUUCAUGGCCGAGGAUGGUACGGCCCACGCCGGAUACCUGGAGCCUAGGGAACGGAGAGCUUACAUAGUACGGGGAACUAAGGUCGUCAAAGAAGAAUCCGCAUCCAUCUUGGUGGAAGAUGAGCCUUUGCGAUAUGAUCUCCGGGACAUUAAACUUGAUGGCCUCAGGACCGAGGUGAGCCCUGAUGAAGUCGAGCUCACGUCCGUGACGUUGCUCAAUCCAGGGUCCACGCAUCAGAGGAUAGUUGAACCCGCGACAGUAACAGUGAGGCAUCUGGUUUACUGGGGCCGCGUGAAGGGUACUUUGGCUGGUCGCAACGCCCUCGUGAUCUCUCCUGACGGCGAGCAGCGCCACCUGGUGUGGGGUGAUCAGAAUGAGCUGGACCGAGCGCACCAGCUCUUGCUGGAGGCUGACCUACCACCAGGAACAGGAUCAAACGCCAGGGUGUUGGCCACAAUCCGCAAAACCGAGGCACCCUACACCGGCAAACUUACAUCCAUUUACGCGGAUGGCGGUCGAUUAGCGCGAACGAUCCAAGGCUUACACAUGGACCAGAGACUCAUCGAACUAAGAGCCGUCUACUCCCCGCCCUUCUACCUGCACAACAAAACCGAGCUCGACGUCCCAGGACUUUCUCGCAUCCUCUACCAGUCCACAACAACGACCAGCACUACUACCACUACAACUUCAACUACAACCACUACAGAAACACCAAAAACGAAAACAGCAAGUUUUCCUGAGAAGCCUCAGAGCGAUUCACUGAGUCUAGGAGUCGUCACUUUAUUUUCAGGAACAGUUCCUGCUACAGCUCCCAUGCAAGUCUAUUUCUUGCUCUCCUCUGCGUUGCUCUUUUUCCUUCUUUAAUAAUGUUUGGAAAUUCGUCACGGGCAGACAUCCAGUGAUCAUGUACCUGUUUCUGAGAUCAAUACUGGGAAAUCUGAAAAUAUUCAUAUCAAUUUUGAGUAAUUGUAUUAAAAGACUAAUAAACAUAUCAGACGAUCUUAUUGAUAAGUUUCAUAGCUUGAGUUGGAUUGUGGGAACGCUUAGGUUUGGAAUCAAUAAAAUUUGUUGAAAUGUUUGACCAAAGUUCAUCAUGUACCAGGAUUUAAUCAUUAAAAUUAUUUGCCUGCUUCCUCCAAAAAAAUCUCCGAUAAUGCAUAAAGGACCUGCAUAAGUCAGACGCCUUUUCCAAUUUGAAAAUAACCAUGAAUGAUGGCUCCAUUUUAUUCUUAAUCUUAUAAAUGAGACAUUAUGCUUUCUAGCUAUUCUGUAUCAUUAAAAUGGUAUCUUUAGACCUGAACCAUAUCACGAGGUUGUGUGUAAAGCUAGUCUUAGUGUCGAACGAUAACUUUUCUACGCCUAGAUCGUAAUUUUCAUCGGUGUACUUGGGCUUUAUUAUUAAAUAACAUACGGUCUAAUUAAGUUUAUAAUUAAAUAUUAGGACUUACGCGUAAGAUUAAUGAAUAUUAUCAUCUGACAGGAAACAUUCUAGAGAACGUUAUUUAUGUCUUCAUGCUACUAUAUUUAUUCAAGACUUACUAGAUAACUCGACAUUUUAAAUCAUCAAUAAUCGAUCAUCAUCGAUCACGUAAUUCGCCCUCAAACUGUAGGUAGUAACCUAACAUGAUUAAAACAUACUUCAAAAGCGAUAAUCACUUGUUAAUCUAUUAGCAAGAACUUUAUUUCAUUUGAUUAGUAAAAAAUUCAAUAUAAUCCAACUAUAACGUCUUUAAACAAAUAUCCUCUUGAAAUAGCUCUUCAACAUUCUAGUAAAUCUAAACUGAUUACCUUAAAGCUCCUCGUUAGUUGGAUAAAAUAUACAUGAAUUAACUGCAGUUGAUAACCUAUCCUGAACCCGGUAAAUGUCAUUGUAUUCUGAAUUGUUUAAUGUCAUUAUUAAAAACACAUGAUAUUCAGAGGCAGAUCUUAUCUUUUAGAUUACACGGUUAUAGGGUUCGAAUUGCGUGUUUUAAUCACGCGAUUUAUUGCGUAUUUCGUGUUCUACAGCAAAAAUAAAUGUGGAAAAGCGCCUGCUAGUUUCCCGUAGCCUACUCGGCAGAAACAGUGCGCGAAUUCAACUUUUUCGUGGCGCUCGCAAUGCCAUCAAACGCAUGCAAACGACCUUGUGAAGUUCCGCGAGGAAACCCGUCAAGUUUUUAAAUGAAAUGGAACGAGCUUUUACCGCCGACUGUACGGCACUGCAAGAACUUAAAUACUGAGGUAGGGAAUCAUUUCAGUGUAUUCGGUUACUGCUGGCAAACAGGGUGUGGAUGAUAUGUUCUUGGAAAUAAUGAUUCAAAUUAAUUUACUUGUGAUGUGUUUCGAAGUUUCGAAGAAUAUUCAAGAAAUAUGUGAUUUUAUAUUAUACAUAU